AUGUCGACGGCAAAGCGUCCUGCACCUAGGACGCCCGAAAAAAACCCAGCAAAGCGAAGGGCUACCUCUUCGCCGGAGGAAGGAGAAGUCGACGACGGCUAUGAUACUGGUACUUGGCAACCAGGACCGUCAACGUCGACCGCCGACACUCCUCAACGGGCUCGUGAAGCGAUUUCGUAUGCACGUCGACGACCUGGCGCUCCUCACUACAGACCUUCGCCGCCUUCAUUACAUGGUAGUGCAGAAAAGACUUCUCCCGCUCCGCCCCCUGUCCUGUCUACUCCAACUACUGCGCCCGCGAAGGCGCCAGCUAAUGGCGUUGUAAAAUCCAAACGUGUUCCGGUCAAGCGCACUCGCGAAGAAGAGAAGGCUGUGUAUCAUCGUGUAUUCCUUGGUUGUGGUCAACGUGACGAUUACGAUAUUGUUACAAAGCUCGGUGAAGGCACUUUUGGUGAAGUGCACAAAGCGCUACACAAACAUACGCGUGAAGCCGUUGCUUUGAAACGCAUAUUAAUGCACAAUGAAAAGGAAGGCAUGCCGGUUACCGCACUGAGAGAGAUCAAAAUCCUUAAAGCGCUUAAACACCCAUGUAUCGUCGAUUUAUUGGACAUGUUUGUCAUUCCUGGCAAAGGGAAAGAUGUACCCAUGUCCGUUUAUAUGGUCUUUCCCUAUAUGGAUCAUGAUCUAGCGGGUUUACUGGAGAAUGAGCGUGUCAAGCUAUCUCCGAGUCAAAUAAAGUUAUAUAUGAAGCAGCUGUUGGAGGGCACAGAAUACAUGCACCAUAAUCAUAUUCUUCAUCGGGACAUGAAAGCAGCCAAUUUAUUGAUAUCAAACAAUGGCUCACUCAAGAUUGCUGACUUCGGCCUUGCGCGCGCCUUCGACCCGUCCGGCACCACUCCAGGUACUAGUUCCGGUCGCGACCGCCGCUACACUAAUUGUGUAGUGACCCGAUGGUAUCGUCCACCUGAAUUAUUACUUGGUGCGCGUCAGUAUGGUGGGGAGAUUGACAUUUGGGGCAUCGGCUGUGUUUUGGGCGAGAUGUUCAUGCGCAGGCCCAUUUUACCGGGCAACACUGAUCUUGACCAACUUGAUAAGAUAUGGUCUAUCUGCGGGUCUCCGAAUCAACAAAAUUGGCCGGACUACGACAAACUACCAGGCUGUGAUGGCCAAAUUCGAUUCAAGCCACAGGAAAGACGAAUAAAACAAGUUUACGAAUCAAUCGGAAAGGAGACCUGUGCACUAUUAGACAGACUGCUGACAUUGGACCCUCGAGAGCGCAUAACUGCCUCUGACGCUCUUGACCAUGAGUAUUUCUGGUCCGAUCCCUUACCAGCGGAUCCGAAAAGCCUGCCCACUUAUGAGCCUUCCCAUGAGUUCGACCAACGAGGUCGACGCCAUCAGCCACCGGCACAGAAUGACGUUCAGAAACCAGCCGUCCGCCACGGCCUUCCGCCUCCCCUGCACAACAGAAACUUCCGCAAUGAAGGUCCACACAAACAAUCCUUCCGCCCCGAUGGACCGCCACCGUACCCUCCACACAAUGUCGCCAAUAACUCUUUUAAUAGAAAUAGUUACCGACCCGCACUGUCGCAACAUCCUUUACCUUCACCUCCCUCGCAAAACCCAUGGACGUCGGCUCCACCUCCACCACACAAUAGUCGACCAUGGGGGCCUAACAGACCUUCAAAUCAGGGUGGCAGAUUUGGGAAUGGGCCCAUGGGUCUGGUUGGUGGAGGGUGGGGCGAACCAAACUAUCAAGCCUCACAGUUACCGCCUCGACCUGCAGGGUUGCCCCCUCGUCCUGAUGCUCCACCACAGCCCACAUGGAAUCGCGAUACCUCUUUUCAAAACUCAAGCUUUGGCGGUAAAAUUGCUCCUGGUCUAAGAGGGAGACCUCCCGGAGGUGGCAGUGGCCUGAACUACGGGUAG